UAAUAGAAGCCACUUCAGGUUCUCGUCAUACCCAUACAGAGGGGAGUGAGAUAAGCCGUGGGCGGAGGAGCAGGCCGAGUGAACAUAUUGGCGAGAAGAUGGGGGAAGUGGCUGAAGCCGUUAACAACCUGACCAUUACAUUGGGUCAGGGAAAAACCAUGACGCGCGUUCAACGGUUGCUGAGUAUCCUGGAAGAGGUGGAUGGUCUUUCACAUGAAGACCAACUCUGUGCUGCAAGGUUCUUGCAGACUGAUGUAGUCAAUGCUGGGUAUUUUAUAAAGAUGGGUCAUGAACGUAGGAAGGAAUGGAUAGAAAAAGUGAUCCUUCCUCGUUGUCGCACGGAUUAAGAAUGGGGCACGUGGUUCAUAUCGUUUGACUUUUUUCUUAUUUGGAUGAAUAGUUUUUUUGGAUGGUUUGCUGUAUUAACUUUUUUUUCCAGAGCCUGUCAUGGCUUGGUUUAGAUUUGUUAACUUUUAUUUGCUUUGGAUGAUACAUAUGCUGCUGGAGCAGCAUUGCUAAUGUUGUACUGGAUGGACUGUUCUAUUUUAACUAUUUGUGAAGCUAUUACCGUCGUACUAUUGAUACUACUUACAGGUUGAAACUGUAGACUUAUAUAGUAUUUUUGUACCGAUCUCCCCAUCUUUUUUUGAUAGUUGAGAUACAUUUUAGUCUGUUUCUUAUGUCAUUGGAUUCAGACAAUGAUCGGGACAGUGAUUGCUAUUAUGUCUUACUGAUUUUAUAUCACUAACCUGAUAUGUCAAUAUGAUGCUUUUUUAUUCAUAUCUGUUGUACAAUGGUUUUGCUGGUUAUUGUUCUAAAAGUUAUACUGAUAUACCUUUGUCAUGGGUAACUGACGUGGACUAAGACGCUCCUCCCAUACGGUUAUCUCGGAUUGUUACUGGUAAUGUCUCUACUUUUGAGAAACCCUUUUAUUUGAUCUAUCGAAAUUUCCUGAUACUGUGACUGGUAUUGUGAAAGUUCAUAAUCCAGCUAAGGUUUAUUAGUUUGGUUGCUACUAUAAUUAUACAUAUCUGUCUCAUUUAAGGUCCUAACAUAAUCAGUAUAGAAAGCAUGUUGUAGACAGAAAUCGGCUGGGAUAAAGGUUAGCUGAUUAUGAUAAUGAAAAGGGCCUAAACCUGAGUGAAUUCAAAUAUUGUUUGUUACUCUACUUCUUCUGAAUUUUUAAAGGUAAUGUUCAGUCUGAUUUGUUGAGUUUGCAAGAGCUCGGUUGCAGUUUUCUUUAACCCCUCUCCCCCAAGCUACCCAAACCUUCAUAUACUCAAGAUGAAUUUGGUGGGUUGUUGCAUUGCUCAAUGCAAUUUCUGAACUUUAACUGUCUCAGAAGGAUAUAUGGCAAAUUUUAUUUGAUAAUCUCUUUACCUCCCUCAUAUAUUUUCUGAAAUAUACAAUGUUCUGCUGAGAGGGAUUCAAUGUAAGACUAAUACAGUUUAUUAUUUUCGUGUAAAUCACCUGGUUUACUUCGUCUUUUUGUAAAGAAAAUCAAAGUAAUACUGGUAAUAAUUCUGCUUUUGAGAAGCUUUUAAUGUUGAUUCUCAAUAUAAAUAUAUCAUUGUCGACUGAUACACUUUUCACUUGCAUUAAACUUGACAGAUUAUUUUUUAGUCCAGGGCAUUAAGAUCGGUGAAAGGUCUGAAGCUUGCCUGUGUUUGCAAAUUUAUCCAGGUGGUAAUGAGAUUUAAUAAUAUUGUCAAUGUUUGAACGAGUUCUAUGGAAUGUUGUUGACCUAAACAUUUCAUUUUAUUUGCAAAGGUGGCUGUAGGGAUCAAUUUGCAACCUAAUUCUGCAUCCACGAAAUUUGGUGUCAACAUCUUCGAAAGUCUGGUAAUAUGGAGAUUACAUAGUACAAGUAGAGGUAAAAGGAAGAUGAAAUUUUCUUUUUUUCAGUUUUUUUUUUGUCAAUUUAGAUAUGCUACCGGUAAAGGCAUUUAUUAAUUCUUGUAGCAGAAUGGAGCAAAAAUAUUAUGUGGUGUUUGUGGAGAGGAAUCCCGGAAUCCACGCAACAUGGGAUGCAUGCAAUGCUCAAGUUAACGGAUUUAGUGGAUGCAGACACAAGUUGUUCAAGACUUUUGAAGAUGCUAUGAAAGCCUGGAAUGAGUAUCAGGCUUCUUUCAUCGAUCGAACCGCACGAGAUACAACCGGAAGUGGGGCUGUUCGUGCAUCUCAUCAUCCCUCAACAAUGGACAGUGGCAACUGUGUAUCCGCUCACACAGAUCGAAUCCUAAUCGGCACCAGGAAUGUCCAUGAAGAUGGCCUGGCUGAGAGGGUGCCUGUUGAUGAAGUUGGAGAUGAAUCUUGCAUGGCUCCGCUUCUUCGUAUGUUUCUUGGAUUGUUACUUUUUUAUGCCGGUAUCAGGUUGUUUUGUCGGUUCUAGUAUAUGUACGGCUAACGAGAAUGAAAUAGCUACGUUUUGUUUUUUUUUUAAUGUUUUUUAGGA